GCGAGCCAUUUCGCUGGGGCCGCAGUCGCCGUAGUUGUCUUUGCGCAGCAUCCUCGCCCAUCUGACCGUGUGGAUUCUUCUUUCCGUCGGGGUUUGUGAUUAACCUCCAUUUUAGAGCUACGGCACAGCUCUUGGUGUUUUCUAGCUUUUUGUGUGUCAGUUGAUCGACAAAAAAAAAGAGCAUCGAACAGGAGUAAUGACGGACAACAUCGAGCUCAAGGACGCGGCCACCACGGGCGUAUCGUACGCGGUCGAGUCGACACUCGUGAACCGGCGGAAGGCAGCCUUCAAGAGCGUCUGGGACGAUGACAGCGACUCGGACUCUGGGGACGAGGACAUUGACAAGGACAAGAAGCCACGCAUACGGUUCGUGUUCCGAUGGAGCGACCUCAUAAUCAUCCUGGUAUACCUGGUGGUGUCGGCGAUCGGGCUGUACUUCGCGCUGAGCCGCAUGCUUCCGCAGGCGGAGAAGCUUCGGCUCGCCUUCUACAACACCACCAUCCCAGAGGGGCCCACGCCGCUGGUGCGGGUUCCGGCGCCGCCCAUGCUGCUCGCGUGGGACGACCCACCCUGCAGGCAGCUCGCCCGGGACCUGUUGGACUCCGGGGGAAACGCCGUGGAUGCCGCAAUUGCUCUGAGUGUGUGUAACGUAGCAUUGAGGCCGCAGACGUGGAGCUUGGGUGGUGGGCUCGUCAUGCUCGUCUACAACAGGACGACCAGGCAGGCGCACGUUAUCGACGCUCUGCCGUCCGCCCCCAAGAACCUGUCCGUAGAAGAGUUCCAUCAAGAAACAGGGCAGCGUCUGGAAAGGUUGAGAGAGGCAGAGACACUGGGCACGCCCGGAGUGCUGGCCGGCCUGGAGCUGGCUAACAAGAGGUUCGGCCGACUUGCGUGGCACUACAAGCUGGACCCUGUGGCUGACCUCUGCGAGCGCGGCUUCAACGUGACCGAGUCCCUGGGACGCGUCCUGUCUGGAAAGAGUGGAGACCUCUGGAACCACCCAGACCUCAGGAUGGAGUUUGUGCGCGAGGGAAGCAACGACGAGCUGCUACGAGCGGGCGAGACCCUGAGGCGACCGUCGUUGUCGGAGACUCUGCGCCGCGUGGCCAAACUGGGAGCCAAGGAGUUCUACACCGGCGUCAUCGCCAAGCUUUUGCUGCGGGACAUCGCGGCUGCAGGUGGCUUGCUGACGGCCGACGAUUUGGCCUCUUACGAGGCGCGCGAAUACAGUGCUGCGAACGUGUCGUGCGGCGCCGGCUCGUGGUUGCUCACUUCGGCUGCGCCCAGUGGAGGGCCUGCCUUGGCGAUGGCCGGCUCCCUGCUGCGCACCCUGGGUCCUCUGAUCUUCGCGCAAGACCUUCCCACACAGUACCGCGCGAUCGUCGAGCUUUUCAAGCAGAGCCUUGGCCGCCGGCUGCACGCCACGGCCUCUUUCUACGACGACACCCAGGGUGGAAUGGCGAGCAGGAUAGUGGAUGGCGAGCUGCUACAACCGCCACCCGUAGACGUCAGUCAUGCUCUCGGUGACCCUGGUGUGCCUGAAUCGGUGGCUGUCGUCGACAGCGUGGGUGACAUCGCCAUCGUCUACAGUGACCUUCACGGGGUGUUCGGCUCGCACUUCCUUUCCAACUCCACGGGUGUGAUAUUCAACGGCGCCCUGAGGGAGUUUCCCGCGGCCAGCGGGGAAGAGGGAGAGGAGAGUGGCUCCCUGUUCCGGCCAGGGGUGAGAGUGCCCAGCCCGGCGGCACCUGCGCUGGUCGUCGACGACACCGGUGACUUGCAGCUGCUCUUCACCUCGGACGCCCCGGGCAACCAGACUCUCACGGCAGCCAUACAGUUCUUGUGGCGGACGCUGCACACCAACGUGACCCUGAAGCAGGCAAUCGAUGCCCCAAGGCUGCACCAUCCCCUCGUGCCGGACGUGUUGUAUGCCGAGUACACGUUCCCAGGGGUGAUCCUUCAGAAGCUUCACACCAUGGGUUACCACCUGGAGACGCUACGCACCAACUCAUCGCUCAGGGGCGUGCAGCGAGACAAUGGCACAUAUCUGCUCAACCAGGACUACAGAAUAGUCUUCUGAAUGCAUGGUUUCACAAGUGCUUGCUAGAGAGACGCCUACAGCACUUCAGUUGGUAUUGAUGGGAAGUGCAUGCAUGUCGGCUCAGUAAGGGGCCCUCACUGAUUUCCGCAAUGUGCAGGAAUCCUGGGCUAAGUGCGUUGAGCACGCUUUCAGUUCUAGCUGUCUUUUCGCUGCGCUCUCGUGGUUUUGCACACGUGUCAUGACCGCAGAUACCCUGUCAUGCCAGGCUGCGCUGAAAUUACUACAAAAAGAAAAACAAACGAAAAAAUC